GCGUUGCAAAAUUUUUACUUGCCAAAAAAUUGAUGAGCGAAUCGGAGGUGCAGCAAACGAGUAAAAAGCGAACUAGCAGAAUUGUGGAAAUAAGUGUCUAAAUGCUGAUCAAUUUAUUUUAAAUUUCUAAUAUUUUGCUCGUGGCAUAAAAGGUAAAUCGGCAAAUUAAUCGAAAGAAAACCUACGACGACAAAUUUGAGCUGUAAAACACGCAAGUGGAAGAAGCAUAGCCAGAAAAUAGCAGCAUAAAAAAGCGCAGUAGCAGCAUUAUUGGUAGGGGCCGAAACGCAUUAGUUGCCAGUGAAGAAAAAAAAACUGGGCGAAAAAUUAAAGGAACUUAUUAGGCGUCAAACGUGGAUGUGUAUAGUGAGAAAAAUAAAUAAAAUUUCAGAUAAAUAAAAGUAUACUUUCAUACUUCAUUGGAUUAUUUGAGAAGCGUCGGUAAUAUAAAAGCAUCAAAACGGCAGCGACUACAACCACCACACCACCAGCUUCUACAAUGGAGAAGCCGAAGGAAUUGAUCAUUGAGCCAAAAGGCGAGCUGCGCUUUAUAGGUCCCUUCAGUCGUCCCGCUAUCACGCUAAUGAAAAUAACCAAUCCAACAGAUAAUAUUAUACUGUUCAAGAUCAAAACAACCGCUCCAAAACGGUAUUGUGUGCGUCCAAAUUUCGGUUCACUCGAACCACACUCUAAUGCCAAGAUUGAAAUUUGUUUACAACCAUUUGUAUAUGAUCCCAACGACAAAAAUAAGCAUAAGUUCAUGGUUCAGAGUCUGGUUGUGCUCGAUAACUCAGUUGAAGACUGGAAUAAGUUGUGGAAAGAGUCGGAGCCACACCAGUUGAUGGAUGUGAAAUUGAGAUGUGUCUUCGAGGUGCCAACUGUAACGUCAGCAGACAGCAGUGGUACUUCAGGCCUAAAUGAUAUAGUAAAGGAGGCAACAGCAAAAACCAUUGAGUCAGAAAAUAAAGCAAUUCCAUUUCGUGAAGAGAAAGUAUCAAAUGUGCAACCAUCGGAUCAACGUGAAGAGUUUUUGUCCGACCUUAGGCGGCUGCGUGAAGACAAUGAGAAAUUGCAAAGAGAGAAGCGUCAUCUUACGGAUGAAAUCGUCAAAAUACGGGAUUCAUAUUCGAGACCGGUGUACGAUCAGGCCUAUACACCUAUACUGGGCGAGAAGCAAAUUCCGGUGUUCUAUAUAGCGUUGUCGAUUGUUGCGGCCAUAUUUGGCUUUCUGUUUGGCAAAUAUUUUUGAAUGCAUACAACGCAUACAAAACUCUGAAGUGCGGGCAUGUUUAUCAACAAAAAAAAAAAACAACAUAAAUUGAGAAACGGAGUCAUACACAAACAGAUGAACGAAGAUAACGAAACUAAAAAAGAAACUUAUAUAUAAAAUCAAGCAACAUUAAAAAAAAGUAUAAAUUAAAAAAAAAAAAAAAAACAAAAAUUACAAAA